CUGGCGUAUGCUCAUCCCAUGGAAACACCGCACUCCGUAGUUGUGGCAUGAUCUUCUUGUUCUGCGAACACCGGUUCCUUGAGGGGGGUUGCAUUUCAGCCAGGAAAAGGAGAACUUCUUUUCUGAAGUAGAGGAUAUUAAAGAUGGACCCUGACCCUCUUGCUGAGGAAGAGAGAGCAUGUGCUUCCAAACUUCAAGCAGCUAGUUUGCGUCCGAUUAACUUGAUUUGACCUAUCACCAUGUAUCCUUUUUUAGUGCUUGUUCUGGUCACCACAGCUUUUGGGCACAUGGAAAUGACCAUGCCAUACGCCCUUCGCAGCAAGUUCGAUCCUGCAAACAAAAACGGACUUAUCGACUAUUCGAACACAAGCCCUCUCUUAGCUAGUGGCGAAAAUUUCCCCUGCAAGGGGUACCAUUUGAAUGGUCCCUGGAGGAGCGUUGCUACUUAUUCCGCUGGCCAGAGUUACACGUUGGAACUCACGGGCACUGCCACGCAUGGCGGUGGUUCCUGUCAGAUAUCCCUGAGCGUUGACAACGGAAAGUCGUUCAAAGUCAUCAAAUCCAUGAUGGGCGGUUGCCCGCUGACUAAACGCUACGACUUCCGAAUUCCAUCUAGUACUCCAAGUGGGAAAGCUCUUAUUUCCUGGUCUUGGUUCAAUCUUAUCGGAAACCGUGAGAUGUAUAUGAACUGCGCUCAAGUCGAAAUUUCCAACGGAAGCACUAACACGCUCCUGUUCGAUACCCUCCCCGAUAUGUAUGUCGCCAACGUAAAUAGGGGUUGCUCCACAGUCGAAGGAAGAGAGACAGUUUUCAACAACCCUGGGGUUGAUGUUGUGUAUGGUGGGAAAGUGACGCCUGGCAGUCCGCCGUUUCCGAACUGCUAGGCAAUAUCUCGGUGUAUAUCAAAUUCUCAGUCCUUUCGGUUGACCAUUGCCCGGCAGCGUCGAUUGAUGGCGCGUCUUUUCGACUAGUACAUCCUUGGUUUAUCACUAUGUGAAAUAGCAGAUUCUUUUGCUCUAACCCUUGUCCAUGCGGACCCCAUGGUUGUUGACAAUGGGUUACUUUACCUUUGCUUUUUGUAUUUAAGAUUCUUGCCUUGGAACUCCCCUCAUGUCUUGGGUGAUAGGGAAGGGCUGAGGUUGUUUUAGCUGCCCUGGCUUGAAUAUAGACAUUUUGUGUAUACCUGUUUUAUGCAAGGCUCACCCGAUGUGGGUCUCACUUUCAGCUUCAUCAUGGAUGUUGUUGGAAUCACCUGUC